UUGCGUAUAAAAUUGAAAUUAAAGACAUUUUAAAAAUGUCUUCAUUAAUUUUGGAGUGUAAAAAACUAUGCCUAUACAGAUGCCUGUCGGCGGUAGCCUUAAGCAUAUCCAUGCAGUUUAUUCUUUUGGCCAUCUUUUUGCUGUUUGUCAACUUUCAUGUGUUGCACCCGGUUAUGUGGAUUACUGAAACAGUCGGUCUAAUGUUCUCGUUUUACACCUGGCUAUCCAUAAUGCCCUUAAUAUCGGCGGUAAUUAUUUAUGGCAUUUUAUUGGGAAAAUCGCAUUUGGCAGUCAAGAAAUAUUAUACUACGCGCUUCCGCUGGCUGCUGGGUACAGCUGUUAGGAAAUUAGCUUUCUUUUUCAUUCACAUAGCCAUGGGAUUUUUAACUACUUGGCUAUAUGCUAGGUACUUGCAUAUGGAUUAUAGAUCUCUAUUAUACAAAUGUUAUGCUAUGGACUGUUUAAACUCGUAUUAUAUAUUCCUUAUGGGUGCUGGUAUAUCGGCGGGUUGUUAUCAUUUCUUCAAGGAGAAUCUACGACAAGAACCCGAGGUAGAAUAUCCCAUUUUGCAGGAAAAUAAAUUGGUUAAAAUACGCUCCUUGUUGUAUUACACUUUGUACAACUCAUUGCUGAAAUCAUUUGUGCCUACACUCUGUUAUGCGUUGGGUUAUUGCCUAUUGGGCGGUCUAUUAAAUCAUCGUAUUGCCCGCUUUUUUGGCGUAGAGUUGGAGGAAAGUAUAGUCUCAUUUUUUGGUGUGGCUACAAAUUUAAGAUUGUUGUUUUAUGCCUGGAUCUUGUCUUCACAAAUUCUGAGCAACAUGAAUUUAAUGCAAAAAUUCUUUUCAAUAUUUUUGGCCGAGGACAUGCAUUUUGUGAUUGAAAAGAAUCCAGUAGUUAUAGAUGGUCAAAAAGAGAUUACAUUAGUGGAGGCUUUGGGCAUGUCUCAAGUCCCGGUAGUUCAAAAUUUAGCUGCUUUGGAAUUGUCAACAUUAGCUUCAUCUCACAUGCCAAGCAAAAGGCAGGAAAUAUUUGCUCUCUCAGUGCCAGGUGGCCAUCCCUACAAUUGGAAUCAGCUAUCUGGUCAAUGCAUGACUCUUAUUAAUGCCUUUAUUGAGGAACUAACAGCUUCGGUGAAAAAUAUUUCAACCAUGAAAUCUUCACCCCUGUUUUGUCAUGCUGACAAGCCUACUGCAACCGAAGCAGCUGAGAAAAUUCUUUUGCGACAAUACAAUGAAACCUAUGGUAUACGCAGAAUGGCAGCCGAGACACCUACAACUAACAUUGAUUCAUCGGCGCCCUCAAAUAUGUCACCAAAGACUUCUAAUGCUGUGCAACGCAUCAAUGCUCAAUUUGAACACAUGUCCAAGCAACUGGAACAGGCACUCAAUACUGCUUUUCGUACUAUACCAGGGUUAUUCUACAUGUUCGGUGAAUCGGAUGGUGCCAAAACUGCCUUUUUACUCUCCAAUUCCCAAAUGAUUGUCUGGCUGACACAAGGUCUUGCUGGUAUUUGUGCAGCUUCAAUAACCGAAGAUAAAUAUGGUGUGGUACAAGUGGCUUUGCCACAAAUCAUUAGAGCCUUGUUAAAACUCAAAGGUGAAUUGGAUAAAUUGAAUAAUGUUAACUUGAAUGGCAAAAAACUGGAUAGAAAUUUGAUUACUUUAAAGAAUGCCGUUAAACGUAGUCUAUACCAAAUUACCUCAGUAUUUGGUGAUUAUUUGCGUGAUCUGUUCGAUGAUCCCUUGGAAAUACGCACUUUGCAUUGUUUUACAAAUUACCAGGAUAUUUAAUAAUUUAUAGUACUUUUUUUUCAAUAUUAUUUGUAUUUUUUCUUUGAUACUGAAAAUUUAUAUUUAAAUACUAAUAUUAGUUUUUUAUUUAAAAUAUUUUUUUUAAAUCUUAAUUGUGAAUUUAAUGUUAAGUUUCUCUUUUUUAAUUUUAUUAGAAUUAAGUGUUUCGUUUCUGCAUUAUCUCUCAAAAAAAUUCUUUAAGAAAAUAAAAAUGUAUUUUUAUAUAAUAAAAUUUAAGAAUAUAAA